AUGACUACCUCUUCCUCAACCGGUAUCAUCGGUACUUCAGCGAUUUUCACAGUAUUUUUUUGGGACAAAUGUGGGUUUGGUUUUGGGAUUUGUAUUAAUUGUGUUUUUCCUCAGAAACUUACACUCCUGCACUUCAUGACCUGUUUUCUUAUAGUGGGAGCAAAAUACAAGCAUGUUCUGAUACUCAAUGUUAGAGAAAAACGCAAAUCCUUCACGUUCAACAAGCACGUUGUAGUUGAUAGGUUGAGUCAGAUCCAUUUCAAUAAGGACACGGACAAAAUGGCCAAAAGUUCUAUCUACUCGAGAUUUAUAAGAGCAACAACAAUGCAUAUAGGGGUUCUUACAUAA